UCAGUUUCUCUGCACUGGCAGCAUCAUGUGACUGCAUGACAUUGCUGUCAGUUUUUAAUGUCAAAUAACUGUCAUAGUAAUUUCUGCAGUAAAUAUCAGUUUACUUGUUACCUCGAUUUGUUAUUACUAACGAAUAAUUGGCUAAAGAUUGAAGUUAUAAAUUGAUAUAAAUAGUAGUUGUUUUGCGUAAUAUGGCUGGGAAAGAUCAAAACAACUGUAACCAAAAUGGCAUUGCAGAAAACAAUGACAUUGAACCAACUGAACCGAGCGACGAAAAUGUCGUGGAAGAAUACAUCAUGCUGGAUUCAAAAUUAGAUGAACUUAAUUCAGCAUUGGACUAUUUGGAACAAAAAAAUGAUGAUAUUCAUGAAAGGUUAAAAGAGCUGUUACAGUCAAAUAUUGAAAUCAGACAAGAAUUGCGCAAUGAAAAUGCUGGAGCAUCUGGAAACAAUUGACAUCAUUAAUUUCGAAACAGCAACUCAUUUUAUUAAAAUUGUGUAAAACUUAGUUUCUAUUAAUGUAAUACAAUUCAAUCCAUUUACUUAUUUAUUUCUUUAUGUAUCUUAUGUUUAAAAUAAAAGAUACCAUUGUUUUA